AGUAAAUGUCAUUAGUCACAACAUUUUUUGCUUAUUGUCAGUUCGUUUUUGCAAUCUGCAAGUCUUGACUUAAAACUGUAUAAGUAAUAAUUUAUUAGUUAAUACCGAAACAGGAAAUUUGAAAUUAAAAUGGAAGGUGUUCUGUAUCAACAUAUAUUUGAAUUAAUUUUUAAAAAAAUACAUGAUCCGAUGGUACUAGAAAAACUAAAACGAGUCAAUAUUAAUUGGAAAAAAUCUAUCGAUAAAAUUUUUAAAACAACGGAUAUGUGGAAAAGCGCAUGUUUGAAUGAAAUCCCAUCGGAACCAAUGACCAGUAUGAUUACAAGAUUAUUUCCGAUGGUUCAUUUCGAAAAUUAUCAUCAACUUGAAGACCCAAUACUCUGGCGUUCUCUUUACAUUUCGUAUAGAAAGUCGAUGAUACUCUCGAAACUUCAACCUGUAAUCCAAGUUAAUUAUGAUUUUUCUGAACUUUUACGUCCAUAUGACUACUAUUACUCGUUAGCAAGUUGCGAUCAAUUUUUUGCUGUUGGAGAAAAUCACGGAAAAAUUUAUGUUUUUGAUAUUAAUCAAUUAAAUGAACCUCUGUAUACGGUAGACCUUAAAAGCCCGAUAAAAGACAUCAAAUUUUGGUUUUCUGAUACCGGUGAGCUAUUUUUAGUUGCAAUUGUUUUACCUGAUUACGUUAAGUUUUGGAAUCUUGAUCGCAUGGUUGAAGUUCCGUGUAUCGGUAAUGCUAUAGGGUCAUAUAUAUGCUCCGGUACAAUAAAUAGACUAUUAAUUAUGACCACCAACCGAGGUUUAUUUGAAUACAAACAUACUGAUGAAGGUAUUACAGCCUAUCGUGUAAUGGAUCGCUUAGAAGAACGUACGCUCAGUAUGCAAUUACACUCAGAAGGCAACAAAAUAACAAUUGUAGCCGAUCAUCCAAAUACUCUAGAGUUAUUAAAUUAUCGAUUUCCAACAUCUAAUGAAAGAAAUGAAUUGAUUGAAGUAAACAGGAUAUCAUAUUAUGACGAGGGAGAUUUAACUGAUCAAAUUCGUUAUCGUACACCCGCAUAUUUGUUCCUCACUUCUAAUGUUAUAUUGCGGAUGAUAUUCAGGGAAAGAAGAUAUCUCAUAUUUUAUGAUCCACAGUCCAACUGGAGUAUGCAUUAUCCAUUUAGAGGAUACGGUGAAGACAAUUACAUAACUUCCGGCAUACUACACGGAAAACUUUUGAUUUUAGGAUUCGAAUCAGGUCACGUACGGAUUUUUACUGUAGAAAAUAUUGAGUUGCUUAAAAGAUCUAAUUUAAGUCUUCGUUCAGGAAUUGAGUAUCAUGUAGCCGACAAAUCGAUUCAAUGGUUGGAACUUUUUGAGACUCGAAAAAAAAUAGUUAUCAUUGCAAUGGCAGACCGUAAAGUCUAUUCUAUUAAUUUUUUUCCCGACCACCCCCGGAUCAGUACCUCAAACACUACUCCGAGCAGUACCUGGGUAACAGAAAGUUCAUGUAAUAUAAUAAUAUGUGAUUACAUAUUAUUAUAUGUUGAGAAUAAUGGCCCGAUGUAAUUAUUAAAUCAUGAUUUUAAAUAAAUAAAUUAUGGCAUGUA